CCUGGCCCCACCCCCCUUCGUUCCAGAAUCUAUUUCAGCCAAUCGGCUCGCAGCUUCUCCGCCUCGCCGAGCCGAGCACAAGCGUCCGCGCCUCGCCGGAGACAUGGGGCCGCCGCCACCGGCGCAUCCCAAGACCACUACUAAGAAGGACCACGUCCGCCUCAACAACCCCUUCCAGAAGGCCGUGCCGUCGGCCUCCCUCCGGCACAGCGACGCCGCGCCGCCCCUGUCCUUCGCGCCGGCCUCCAAGCUCGCCCGCGGCGCCCACGACUUCCCCGUCGGCACCCACUUCCGUCUCCGGUGGGACCCGUCCCUGGGAGGGGUGGUGUCACUGGCGCGCGUCCCUUCCUCCGGCGAUCCUAGUUCGCGCCGUGGAGGCCGUGGCGGCGGCGUGGCGAUGUGGGAGACCGUCCCGGGCGUCGCGUUCGUCUCCGCGGCGUCCGUCGACACCGAGGCCGACGAGUGCCGCGGCUCGUUCGCGCUCCGCGACGGCCGCGCCCGCCUCGUCCCCGAUCGCCAGCGGGUCGACAGGAUCAGCGCCCUCUACCGCUGCGACGUCGAGGCCGGCGCCGACCUCCUCCGCGGCGCCGCGUUCCAAGAGUCCGAGCGGGCCCGGUUCCCGGUGGUGGUGAUCACCGGCCUCGUGUCCGCCCGUAAGGCGAGCCCCUCGCCGUCGUGCUUCUGCGGUAGGCGUCGCGCCGCCCGCCGCCGCGCCACCGGGCGGCCGGUGCUCUCGGCGCGGUACUGGCUCCUCCUCGAGGAGAAGAGCGACACGCAGGUUGCGUUCAGCGUCAAGCUCGGCGACUACCAAUGGAGCUGCGACCACGACGCCCACCCACCGAGACCUCCUCUCUCGCCGUCGCCGUCGCCGUCAUCCCCCUCUCCAAAAUCCCUCCGCUCCGGCAGCAGCCUGCGCCUCCGCCUAGCCGCGCGCCUGCAGCGCAGCAGCAGCAAGAAGAAGAAGAAGAUCUCCGUCCGGGAGGACCUCGUGGCGCUCCUGCCAGCGCAGGCGGCGCCGGCGGCGGAGGAGGAGUUCAACCGGGUGUUCGUGACGUUGGCGAGCGCGCGCGACGAGCGGUUCUACGGGUUCGGCGAGCAGUUCAGCCGCGUGGAGUUCAAGGGGCGGCGGGUCCCGGUGCUCGUCCAGGAGCAGGGCAUCGGCAGGGGCGACCAGCCCAUCACCUUCGCUGCCAACCUCGUCAGCUACAGGUCCGGAGGAAACUGGAGCACUACGUAUGCUCCCUCUCCGUUCUACAUGACCUCAAAGAUGAGAUCCUUGUACCUCGAGGGAUACGAUUACUCCAUUUUUGACCUGACAAAACCUGACAGAGUACAGAUUCAGGUGUAUGGAAGUUCAGUCCAGGGAAGGAUCCUGCACGGCGAGUCACCGACGGAGCUGAUCACGAGCUACACGGAGUCGACGGGGAGGCCGCCGGUUCUUCCCCGGUGGAUCACGUCCGGCGCGGUGGUCGGGAUGCAGGGUGGCACGGACGCCGUCCGCCGCGUGUGGAACCAGCUGCAAGAUCACGACGUCCCGAUCUCUGCAUUCUGGCUGCAGGACUGGGUUGGGCAGCGGAGGACAUCCAUCGGGUCUCAGCUCUGGUGGAACUGGGAGGUUGACGACGACCACUACGCCGGAUGGAAGGAUCUGACACGCGAUCUCCGCCGCCGCGGCGUCAGGACCAUGACCUACUGCAACCCUUGCCUCGUUCCGAUGGAUCAGAAGGCGAACGCGAAGAGGCACCUGUUCGAGGAGGCCAAGAAGCUGGGCAUCCUGGUCAGGGACGCCGCCGGCGAGCCGUACAUGAUACCCAACACGGCGUUCGACGUCGCCAUGCUGGACUUCACCAACCCGGAGGCCCGCGCCUGGUUCAAGGAGAUCCUGGCCGGGAUGGCCGGCGGCGGCGCCGCCGGCUGGAUGGCGGACUUCGGCGAGGGCCUGCCGCUGGACGCGCGGCUGCACUCCGGGGAGGACCCCGUCGCGGCGCACAACCGGUACCCGGAGCUGUGGGCGCGCGUCAACCGCGAGUUCGCCGACGAGUGGAGGUCCGGCAUGCACCGCCGCCGCGGCGGCGCGGGCGACGCCGACGAGCAGGAGGAGGACGAAGGGCUGGUGUUCUUCGUGCGGGCGGGGUUCAGGGAGAGCUCGCGGUGGGCGAUGCUGUUCUGGGAGGGGGACCAGAUGGUGAGCUGGCAGGCCAACGACGGCAUCAAGAGCAGCGUCGUCGGCCUCCUCAGCGGCGGCCUCUCCGGCUUCCCGCUCAACCACAGCGACGCCGGCGGCUACUGCACCGUCGACCUGCCGCUCCUCCGCUACCGCCGCAGCGAGGAGCUCCUCCUCCGCUGGAUGGAGCUCAGCGCCUUCACCGUCGUCUUCCGCACCCACGAGGGAAACAAGCCAGGAUCAAACUGCCAAUUCUACUCCAAUAGCCGCACGCUCGCGCAUUUCGCGCGCUGCGCAAAGAUCUACAAGGCCUGGGAGUUCUACCGGAUCCAGCUCGUCGAGGAGGCGGCGAAGAAGGGCCUCCCGGUAGCGCGGCACCUCUUCCUCCACUACCCGGAGGACCGGCGCGUGCAGAAGAUGGCGCACCAGCAGUUCCUGGUCGGGACAGAGCUGCUGGUGGUGCCGGUCUUGGACAAGGGGAGGAGCACGGUGGCCGCCUACUUCCCCGCCGCGUCGGACGGCGCCGCGUGGCGGCACGUCUGGACCGGCGACGAGCUCGGUGGCGGAGGUUGCAGGAGCUGCGGCGGCGGCAGCGGUGCGGGGGAGGAGGGGGUGGUGCGCGGAUUCGAGGCCGAGGUCGAGGCCCGGAUAGGCUUCCCGGCCGUGUUUGUGAGGGUUGGGUCGCCCGUUGGAGAGAGAUUUAUGAGUAAUUUGAGAGAUCUCAAGGUGCUGUGACUUGAAAAAAAACCACCAAUUGUUUAUACAAUGAAAAAUAGAAAUUUAAUUUGAGUUUUUUUUUAAAAAAAUGAGGUUGUUAUGAUCCACAUCGCGUGGAAACUUGCAAGUCUUGAAUCAGAACGCUCUAAUUGUUUGACUCUGAUUUGGCACUUAAAGUGGAUAGGUCCAGUGGCAAAAUGAGCAUAAUACAUCCACAAGUUUUAAGAAGAAUUCCUUCCAUUGAACUCCAUUGGGCUAUAGGAUAUUUGGAUCCAAUCGUAUUAAUCGAUGUAUGAUUGUAUCUCUCACAGCAUUUGGUUAAUUUAUAUCCAGAUUCAAGAAUAUCUUACUUUGAUUUGUAUUCAUUAUAAAAUAUGAACAUUAGUGUAUAAGGGGAAGCCACCAUUCAUUUGGAGCAACUUUAGUUGUUACUCCCUCCGUUCCACGUUAUAAUACUUUCUAGGUUUGUCUAGAUUUA